UGAAACUGGCCACGGGGAUUGGGCCUAGAGAAUGUUCUUGGCCAUGCCAAGAAAAGGGGCACCAUUGCUGAAAUUGCCGCUGUGCUGCCGCCAUUUUUAUUGUUGUUACUGUUCGGGUUGCGUCACAUCGGUGAACUCGGUGACGUCACCGGGACAAAGUCGACGGUUUCGUUUAGGAUCAGGCGGGAACCUGACCCGGAACUGAAACGAGACCAGGCAGUCGAAUCACGUGACAGUUGGUAAUUAGUCGAAGCAUUUUGCUUCGGGUUUGAAAGAGAGGAAAGUGUUUUAAAGUUAAGAAGUGGUUGUGACCGAAUUUAAGUUAAGGAGAAAAAAUUGCAACGAACCAAUCAUGACUGGAUCUAGUGAUAAAAGAAUGCUUCCCACCGGGCGAUCGAGGUUUAGGAACCUCAACCUCCAUCACCACAGUCAUCGAGCCAUAUGGUACUACUGCUGUUGGUUGUUGGUGGCAGUGGUUCAGAGGACGGUGCAAGGGUUGGAUCCCAAGUUUGAUCCGUCGACCCGGAUGCGACUGGUGCUGGUUCCGGCGGAUGCACAAGUGGGCUCGGUGAUCUACCGGUUGCGGGCUACCGAUGAGGAGUUCGAGUAUCCAUUGCAGUUUGAGUUGGCGGGUGACGCCGCCUCGUCAACGGUCCAAAUCGAAACCCUGCCCUGUACCAAGUUCAACUCGAUCUGCCAGGCAAACGUAAUCCUAACGCGGCGCCUAGAACCGGGCCGCUACUACGACUUCCAGGUGUCGGUCAAGGACACCAAGGGCGGCAUGUCCAUCCAGGCCUGCUCGAUCACUGCCACCAACUUCACCACCCCGCACGACGUCAUCUUCCCGCACAAAACCGGCAUCAUCAUGGUUCCGGAGGACGCCAAAAAGGGAACCGAACUUGACUACGUGCUGGCCAACAAGAAUCCUCUGCUGCCAAAGCCCGUCUACUUGGAACUUUGGGGCUCACCUCUGUUCGCCAUCCGGCAGAAGAUCAUUUCACCGGAAAUGACCGAAGGAACCAUCUUUCUGCUGGGGCCCCUGGACUUCGAAAAGCAGGCCAUGUACCAUCUGACCCUAUUGGCAAAUGAUGCCUACGCCGAACCGGGCCAGGAUUCGCGGAACAUUGCCGGCCUUGAGGUUGUCAUCAUCGUCGAAGACGUGCAGGACGUUCCCCCGGUUUUCACGGUUGCUCCACCGGUCACCAGACUUCCCCCGGGGCUCAUUCCGGGCGAUAAGGUGCUACAGGUGCACGCCGAGGACGGCGAUAAGGGAGUGCCCCGGGAAAUUCGAUACGGUCUGGUGUCCGAGGGAAAUCCGUUCACCUCCUUCUUCGACAUUAAUCAAACCAGUGGGGAAAUUUCCCUACUCCGCCCACUCGACGACAUCUUGGCGCUCACCCACGUGGGUGAUCCGGUCCUGCUAACGGUAAUCGCCGAAGAAGUCAAGGUCAGCCGUGAUGAACCGCCAGCGAUGGCCACCACUGUGCAGCUGGCCUUUUUCCUGCCCGAAAGAAGCAAUUCGCCGCCAUAUUUUGAAAAUGACCACUACGUCACCCGGUUGGAGGAAAAUUCGGCCCCCGGAACGACCCUCGCCUUUACCGAUCCCUACACCCCUCGGGUGAUGGACGACGAUGCCGGCAAAAAUGGGGUGUUCUCCCUAACGCUACUGGGGAACAAUGGGACCUUCGAGAUUUCGCCGAACGUGGCCGAGGGCCACGCGAACUUUGUCAUCCGGGUACGGGACAAUGCGCUGCUGGACUACGAAGCGGCCGAAUAUGUACACUUUCAGAUAUUCGCCCAGGAGCUCGGUCCAGCAACGAAUCUCUCGGCCUCGGUCAACGUCACCGUGUACUUGACCGAUGUCAACGACAACCCGCCGGUGUUCGAGCAGAACGACUACAUCGUGGAUCUUCCGGAAAAUAUGACCGCCGGCACCAGGGUUGUGCAGGUCCAUGCGACCGAUGUCGAUACCGGAUUGGGCGGGAAAGUUCGGUACACCCAUAUACUGGGUCCGAUGAACACCUCUUUGAUUAUGGAUCCAAGUACCGGGGUCAUCACGGUGGCCACCAAUAGUCAUGGGUUUGAUCGGGAAGCCAUGCCCGAGUAUCAUCUCUAUGUGGAAGCGCGCGACGAUGACGGGAUUGGAAAUCGAGGACAGGUCCCGCUGAUUAUUCGGAUGAUCGACGUUAACGACGAGACCCCGAUAUUCGAUAAAAGUCUGUACGAGUUCAUAAUUUCAACAAACUUGCGGAACUUUACGGUUCCUGCUUUCAUCAAGGCUACGGAUGCUGAUGCAGAGGCACCAAAUAACGAGGUUCGAUACGAAUUGAUCUACGGAAACUACGAAAACAAGUUUGAGCUGCAUCCGAUCACGGGAGAGCUGAAACUAUCGAGUCCGCUGCUGCGACGAUCGAAGAAUGUUCGGCAGAGAAGACAAGCUACUAGUCAGCAACAGACCGAAACGGAGGUCUUCGUGCUCACGGCUCGGGCCUUCGAUCUGGGAGUUCCAGUGCGGUUUUCUACCACCACCAUUCGUGUGUAUCCACCGGAGAGUCGAACCCGAACGAUGACCUUCAUCGUGCCGGGGCACGAUCCCGAUCGUGGUCGAGUUCAGGAGACGCUGGCUGAUGUCACCGGAGGGCGGGUCAUCAUCCAAGACAUUCGGCCUUAUAACGGUGCUUCGGUUCCGGGAGCUACCGAUAUUGGAGGUGAUAGCAAGGAUCGAAGUGUCGUUGUUGCGACGAUCUUGUACGACGGCAACUCGGUUGUUGAUAUCUCCAAAAUUCAGCAACGGCUGUCCGUCAAUGGAACGAUUACCAACAGUGGUAUCAGCCAGGAUGAGCGAAGUGCGAUUCUCUAUAAGGCGGAGAACAAAGUCCUGUUUUGGUUGCUGAUCUUCCUAGCCAUCCUGCUAGCGUUAGGAAUCCUAACGCUGCUGCUGUGCUGCAUUUGUCCGUGGUGUCCCCUGUACGCUGCCACCAGAAAACGAGUCGUUAGAAUUAAUAGUAUCGAGGAUGAUGUCCAUCUCGUGCACCGAGAGCAGGGCAUCGGGAAACAGUCGAAAUCGGUCCAGGUCGCCGAGUGGAUGGGACGACGCGAAGCCUGGUCGGCGGAUCGAUCGUCCGAUUCCCGGACCAAACCGACGCGCUGGGAAUUUAGAGGAAGACGACACGCUAACAAAGCCUCGCUAGCUGCGGCCGGAGCGAAUGCCGGCCACGACAAUCGGGGCCACACGAUCGAGGAUGGCGAGGAAAGCAGUGGCGGAGCAGGAGCAAGAGAACUGGUGGGAGUCAGCGACAAGAAAACGAUGACCGACGUUGGUAGUGGUAAAACGAAAGAGCAGACUGUUAAGAUUAGAAACGAAUAUAAAUCCAAAUCGGCUAAGAACUACAACCCAAACAACAACAACAACGCUGGUGGAGGCAACGGUCUCGGUAUCGGUGGCGAUCGCCAUGGUCCGGCAGGAAGAGACGGAGCAAGAGAUGCCGGAGUCGGUGGAAGUGACGUCGGACUGCACCGAUCCCGGAGUAAUUUGCUGAACGAUCAGCGAAGCGACAUGUACGUGGAGGAUGUGGAUGAGGUGGGCGGAGGCGAUCCGGAGUACCAGUCGUUAAAGCGGGUGCACCAUCACCAUCACCAGACGCAGAUAGAUGACGAUUCGAUGAGGCGGCAUGAGAUGGAUCGGGGGAGUGAUUUGAACUAUGGACGGAGGGGAAGUUUUAAGCGGCAGGGUGGCUUGGGGGUUGAGGAUUCGUUGGAGCCGAGAGAUCAGUAUUAUAUCAAGGAUGGAAAUGCAGAGAUUUUGAGGUUGAUAACGCGGGGAAGGAAUGAGGAGGAGAAUAUUUACGUGAAUGUUCCGCAGAGAGGUGGAGGAAUUGCUGGACCUCAGUACAUUAUGGUGGAUAACGGAGGGAAGGAGAUUUUGAUGAAGCGGUAUAUUGAGGAGCAAGCGAAUGGAAAGCAGGUGAUAAGAGAGCACUAUCAGUUGUUGCCGGGGACGACGUUCAUCCAGACGAUACCGAAUGAGGUUCCCGGGAAUGGAUAUAGGGGAGAGCACGUGACGGAGGUUAAGAUUGGUCACGAGCAGAAGUCUAAUAGGGGAUCGCAUAAGGAUGGAGACGAUGGAGAAGGAGAGAUUCAUAUAACGCAUGCGGUGUCGAAUCAUUCGUUGAUACAGCAAGAGCUGGAGAAUUCGUUGAAGCAACAGAACGCGUUGUUGAGACAGAUAUUGUUGGAGAAGGAGAAUCUGGAGAAGAAGUACAAUCAGCAGGAUGCUGCGCUGGAGACGCAGAGUCUUCCAUGUCAAGCGGUGGUGGCUACCCAGACUGAUUGUGAAACGGCGACGCAGACAGAACCGGUGAAGAUUGAGAGAAGACGAACGAAGAGCGAGAACGACGAUUCGCUGUCGGAGGAUGAGUUUGAGUAUGUGAAGUACAGUCCUCCGGAUAGUCCCGAUGGAGUUUAUUUGAUCAAGCGUAAGCGGACGAGGAAGAAGACAAAGUACAAGUCCGAUAGCGAUUCGAAUGGGAAAGGAGGACGGAAGUUUAUCACAGUAGAAUCGGUGAAGCGAAAGAUUCGGACCCCGAUACAGGAGGAAGAAGAGGUGCGUCCACCGUUGAAAAAACACGGAGAAACGAGAGCGAGCAUUUUGAGGCGAAAACGAAACGCUGAGCGACUGAAGAAGGAUGUACUGAUGGAGAUUUCUGACUCGCUGGAAGACAAAGAGACGAAGCGGAAAGAUAAACGGAAGAAAGAACAGAAAAAGGUGAGCAAGUUCUACGAAGAUUCGGAUGGCUCGGAUAGGGAGAUUGUACAGAAGUACUUCUCGGCCGAUAGUUUAGAGGAGAUCAACUCGGAUGAUAACUACACCUUCGACAUCACGAAGACGGUUACGGUUUCACCGAGGAAUGCAGCUCAUCAGAGGUCGUCCAGGAAGGAUGAAACCACAACAACCACUAGGAUACGUCUGACGGCUUCCGAGUCACCUUCAAGACCCCAGAAAAGCCAAGCUCCGAAACCUCCCCGCAUGACCAAGUCACUUUCCAAAGAGAAACUGGAAGACGGUAAAGAAAUACCCGCAAAGUACAUGGAUUGGUACCACAACCUAGGGAAAGAAGAACAGAAAGCGAUCGGCAAGUGGCGAGAAAUGGAAAAGAGGAUAGUCCGGAAAAAGAUCGUCUCAUCGUCUUCCAAGGAGGAUGACCCCAGGAGCAAACCAGAACCCGCACCAAGAACUUCACCACCCAAAGAUGCUCGUCUCCUCAAAGAAGACAUCCAGCUGGCGAAAAAGGUUCAAGCUCAAACCCAAGACAGUAGCAGCCAUCCGCUGCUUCAACACUCGGAACACCGCUUCGAGGCCGAAUACGACCCCAACUCUCAAAUCCAACCUCCAGCCGAUAAGCUGCCUCACUACCUAUACCCAAACACCCCUCCAAUCGUUAACCGAGACAACAAGGUCCAAAUCAAGAUCGUCGACAGCUCCGCUUCCAAACCUUCUCCGAUCCACGAGCACGAGGUCAAAGAACCUCGACCUCGACCCUCGGACCCCUCAACAACCACAACAACCACCAAAACCCUCAACGCUUCUACCCUAGAAGACGAUCACGAUUCCGGAAUCGCCAUGAACUCGCUCCUCCAUUCCAAAUCCAGCAAACGGCCGUCGGUCACCGACAAGAAGAGCAUCUUCACGAUCGCCUACGACGACGUGCGCAUUCGCGGGAUCCGAUCCGAGAGCGAUACCCCGCCGUUUUCCUAACAGUAGCUGCAGCAACCGGCGGCGGGACCAAAGCCUAACACCCGCUGGCGCCGGUAACGACACGGCCACGACCACAACCGCGACACCAAAGCCGAAGAGUAGCAGCAGCAGCGAGGGUGAUCGGAACAGCAACAACAGCUGGAUGAUGGUGAUCAGUGAGGAGAACCUUCGGAAUCAGACCUAGUCCAAGACCAGCAAGGCACACACACUUCCACACAGGAAACAGAGUACAAUCGCAAUCGUCCCUCGUCCCAGUGUUGCCAGGUUUUGUCGACCACCGCUAGACCUGGAUGCUAGAGUUGAAGAACGAAACCUUGAAAACUGCCAUAGGUGAUAAGUGUUCACAUGAUUUAAGCCGCCAUUUUACUAUGAAGAUGACGAAGCAAGAAAAAAAAAGGAGAAGGACCGCAAAGUCGAGGCCUUUUUUACGAACUAAAUAGGGACAAUUUUUUUAAAGUAGUUUUACCACUUGCCUACACCGGAAAAUCGAAAGUUUUCUCGAAAAAUGUUUUUGAUAGGAAGCUGUCAACUUUCCUACACAAAAUGCCAUCAUCAAAAUAUCGAUUGACUCCCGUUGAGGAAAAACGGAAAAUUUUUUAUCAGUGGUUAAACUUGGAUAAAACAUUGGAGAGACUAAGGAAAAACCCUAAAAAAUAAGGUUAAAAAUGUUUGAAAUUGACAAAAUAGGGAAAAUAGCAAAUUUACAAAAUUGACAAAAUUCACAGGAUUGGAAAAAUAGACAAAAUUUAGAAAAUGAGAAAACUCGACGAAAUUUGACAAAAUUGAUCAAAUUUGAUAAAGGUUGAAAAAAGAGACAAAACAUGAUAAAUUUGGGCAAAUUGUUGAAAAACAUUGACAAAUAAUGAAAAAAGAGUAAAAUGACCAAAUCGACCAAAUUUUACAAAAUCGACAAAAUUCAAAAUAUUUAAAAAAAAAUAGGAAACUUUUAAAAGUUUGACAAAUUGGCCAAAUCUCUCAAAAUUUAACGGUUGAAAAAUUGAUUUAACGUUUGAUAAACAAAAACUUGUCAAAAACAUUUAACAACAUUUUCAAAAUUGACAGUUGUUUUGAAUUGCUCAAAAUAACAAAAGGUAUGCAAAUGACUGAAUGUUUGAAAAAAUGCGAAAAAAAGCUUAGCUAUUUAGAGAUUUUAAAUAUGUCAAAAAUGAUAAGAUAUUUGAAUUUAAAUUUCACAUCUUUCAAAACUCGCAAAAUGAAUAAUUUAUUUAAAAAAAAAAAAAAAUAUCUUGUAUAAAGAAAAGAUGAAGUCAAAAAUAUAAAAAAAACCAUUUGAACGAAACAAAAAAUUCGACAACAACUUGUAUACAAAUUUUGAAAACCUGAAAAAUUAGAGAUAUGAAAAUUAGAAAUGAUUGAAAUUGAAACUUCUGAAUAUUGAAACAGAAUGCCAUAAAUUGAUAGAAAAAAAUGGCCUAAAAAAUAAACAUUGAAAACACUCAAAAAAUAUGAGAAAAAUCAGUUCAAAACUUUAGAUGUGGAAAGUUACAAAAUAAGGAAAUAAUUUAAACGAAUUCAUCAACAAAUAUUUAAGAAAAUAAAAUGCUCGAUAAUUUUGAAAAACCUUUUUUUAAGUUUGUGAACUUUUUUAAUGUGGAUAGUUACAAAAUAUGAAAAUAAUUAAAACGAAUUCAUCAACAAAUAUUUAAGAAAAAUAAAAUGUUCAAUAAUUUUGUAAAACCUUUUUUUUAGUUUGUUAACUAUUUAAUUUUUUAUGUUUUUUAACAGCUUUGAAAAAAUCUAUCCAAAAAGAAAUAAAAAUUUUGCAAAUAUUUUAAAUAGAAUAAAAAUCAAGUAAAUCAGUCAACUUUAAAUUGCAUUUUUUUUCAUGAAAAAAAGGUUUUUCUAAACAACAGAAAAUUCAAGGAAUUUAAAACACAGAAAAACAAAAUUAAACCAUUAAUGAACAGAAAAGUUAUUCGGAAAAGU